UAGUUGCUUCUCUAGCCUUUGUAGUUGCUUCCUUUGUUCAUCAGGAAAGAAAUUUAGACAUGGCAAGUGAAGAAGCUUCAGCUAAGAAGAUUAUUGCAGGAGAUAAGUACAGGUCUUUCCUCCAUGAUGAGGAAAAUAACAUCCAGUGGAGACAUGGUGGCCCUCCCACUUAUGAUGAUGUUAAUAUGCUCUUUGAACAAGGCAGAACUAAGGAAUGGCCAAAAGGGUCGCUAGAAGAAAUAGUACAGAAUGCUAUUAAGUCAUGGGAAAUGGAGCUUUCCCACAAAACACGUUUGCAAGACUUCAAGACCAUAAACCCACCAAAAUUCAAGCUUAUCGUGAACGGAAGAGAAGGAUUAUCGGCUGAAGAAACUCUCAAAAUUGGGAGCUACAAUGCUUUGUUGAAGAAUUCUCUGCCAAAAGAGUUUCAAUAUUACAAAGCAGAUGAAGAAACCUUUGAAUCCUCUCAUGAAAUUUUCCGUUCGGCGUUCCCUCGUGGGUUUGCUUGGGAAGUGCUCCAUGUUUAUUCAGGACCUCCUCUAAUUUCCUACAAGUUCAGGCACUGGGGUUUCUUUGAAGGUCCUUACAAAGGACAUGCUCCUACUGGAGAGCUCGUUCAAUUUUUUGGAUUCGGAACUCUCAAGGUUGAUGAAUCUUUAAGAGUUGAAGAUGUGGAGGUUUACUAUGACCCUGCAGAGCUUAUGGCAGGGCUUCUCAAGGGACAAUCCUUGUCUGAACAUUCAUCAGCAGCAGCUUCUCUUAGCUGUCCCUUCUCCAAAUUGACUACUAAAUGAAUGUUUUAUCUUCUUUUGUACCUAAAUCAUCUUAUUGCCCCAGUUGGAUUUCUUCUUUUUCUUUUUUUUUUUUAAUUUUAUUUUACAAUUAUCAUGUAUUGGGAUAUAGAUUCGAAUCCAAAACCAUUGUUAAAGGGAAGCCACUAGACGGUUCUGGGAUACAACCUGUAUGGUUAUUCCUUUCUGGGAAACCACCUGUUUAGUUAAUCCUAUGAAAGAUUACGCUAGAAUUGUUCCAGAAUGUGACCAAAAAUAAAAUGGUUGGUUCUUCUCUCCAUCA